UCGGAGGGUGGUUAUCAAUAUUCGACUCACAGGGACCGCACCUCCUGCUGCUGGUUUCGAUCCGUCGUAAAGAACGACCUCGUGUGGGCUGCUGCAGAACACACCGAUCGCAGGGCAUCUAGAGAUGCGCUGUACCUCCAUGCUGCCUCCCUCCGGUGCUGCUAACCACAAUGGGCAGGACCGUGUGAGGGAGCUGCCCUUGUCAGUGCGGCACGGACGCGCCUCAGCGGCACCGCAACAUCCACCCCGAGACCCAAGAGCGGAAUAUGGCACACGUCUGAGGAAGGAAACGGUCAAUGUGGCUACUAAAUCAGCUAUCUGGGGUGGUUGUCAGUCGCUGCGGCUUCCCGAGGCCCGUCUCCAUAGCAACCGCUUCCUCCUCCUGAGUGCUGCUGGCAACUAACCCUCUCUGCCACACGACGAUCGCUCCUCAUCCCCCUGGCCAAUAGCCAGCUCCGUGCCGCGUUGGAAUGGACACCGAGUCGACCCACUCGGGAUACUCGUAUCACUCCAGCCGCUCAGGGAGAUCCAACCGACACGGCGAUCGAAGCCGCGAGCGGCACAAGGCGAGCAGCAGCAAAGACAGCACGCGCUCCGAGAGGUCUGUCGUCAUCAACCCCCCCGACACGCCCUCGCAGGACUCCCCCGUCCACAAUGGAGAGCCGCUGCCAGGGGAGCCCACGUCAACAGCAGACCAGGAGGACGAGGGCCAGGAUGAUAACUGGGGGGAGACCACCACCGCGGUGACAGGCACCUCCGAGCUGAGCGUUUCCCAGGAGGAUGUGGUGGGACUUGGGAAGGAAAUGCAGGACCGGACCCGGGGCUUCCGACGUUAUCUCCCGCUGGCCGUGGGCUCGUGUGUGGCGCUGGUGGUGCUGGCCACUCCCCUGGCCUUCCUGCUUCUUCCCGUUUUGAUGUGGCCCGACAGAUUGCAGGCUUGUGGCGCGGCCUGUGAGGGCCUCUUCCUUUCCAUUGCCUUCAAGCUCCUCGUCCUCCUGAUGGCCAUGUGGGCCUUGUUUCUCAAGCCGGGCCGUGCGAGCCUGCCCAGAGUGUGUGUGUACCGCGCCUUCCUCACCACACUCACACUCCUGCUCACCAUGUCUUAUUGGCUCUUCUUCGGGGUCCGGAUACUUGAUGCACAGGACGAGGACUACCAUGGGAUAGUCCAGUUUGCUGUGUCCCUCGUGGACUCCCAGCUGUUUGUCCACUACCUGGCCGUGGUGCUAAUGGAGCUACGUCACCUCCAGCCCUGCUACACCGUGUGCGUCAUCCGCUCCACAGACGGAGAGACACGGCAGUACAACGUGGGACAGCUCAGCGUUCAAAAGGCUGCUCUGUCCAUUUUGGAGUAUUACUACAGAGACUUCCCUCUCCAUAACCCAGCCCUCCUCUCCGCCUCCAAACACCGGGCUGCCAAACACCUGGCCGGGUUGAAGGUCUACAACGUGGACGCCCCGGGGAGUACUGCAGGAGCGCAGCCUGGUAAUGGGAAUCAGUCACGAGCAAUGGUUACAGCUGCCGCCAAACGCAAAGACAGCGCCCACAAUGAGCUGUACUACGAAGAGGCAGACUACGAGAGGAGAGUGCGUAAGCGCAGAGCCAGGCUGGUGGUGGCUGUGGAGGAGGCCUUCACACAUGUCCGGCGGAUGAAGAAAGAGGAUGAGCAAGCCACGCCGUCCGACAUCAUGGAUGUGCGCGAAGCAGCUCUGGCCAUAUUUCCCUCCAUGGCCAGGGCCCUGCAGAAGUACCUCCGCACCACCAGGAGGCAGCACUGCCACAGCAUGGAGAGCAUCCAGAAGCACCUCGCAUUCUGCCUCGUCAACAACAUGAGCCCUAAGGCCUUCCUCGAGGCCUACCUGGCCCCUGGUCCGACCCUGCAGUACGGCCCUGAGCGCUGGAUGGCCGACCAGUGGACUUUGGUCAGCGAGGCUUCCGUCACCGGCGGCAUAAAGGAGGGCUCCGAGUUCCUACUCAAGUGUCUUGACUUUAGCCUGGCUGUGACCAUCAAGGGCAUCCCGUACAUUCGACUGACCGAGGAGUACAUCGACCCCAAGUCCCACAAGUUUAUACUGCUGCUCCAAUCGGAAACCUCAGUUUAACGCAGUGGACCAGCGCUGCUCAUCUGGACUUGCGAGACUGUUACCAUUUUUGGUCUGAAUUUUUUAAACUAUGACUUUUGUACAAUUUGUUUUUUUUUUACCUAUGUGUAUGUAAGUUUUUCACAUAAAGUAUCUUGUGUCCUCGUCUUUGUUCCCGGUCGACAUGAAAGCAUUAAAAGAUAGAAAAUGGGGGAGAAUGGGUUGUUGCGGAGUUUGCAGAUCACAUUUCAGCAUGUGGGAGCCUUCAUGAUAGAAGCAGUGUGUAUUUAGGAAGAAACUUGCUGUAAUGUUAAUGUUAAAGGAUAUUUGAUGAAACCCGCAACCAUUCUCACCAAAAUGUUUCUUUUUCAGUCCCAGCAAUGAUUAUUUAAAUGUCCCGUAUUGAAAAUGUAUGUACAGUAUUUAUAUGUGAAUAUUUCUUUAUCACUUCAGACUUUUUAUAUGGAAAUUUUGCAUUGCUUGAAUGAUUUUUUUUUACCUUGUCAAAAUCAUUUAGCCUUGUUUGUAUUUGUGGAGAUAGAUGGACUGUAAAUAGAUCAAGGCAUGUUUGUAAAUGUCAAAAUCACUGGAAUUUCUUUGACUGUAUGCCAACCUCAGCAAAGCUGAAUAUAGAUGGAGUAGGGAAUAGAUUGUGAGCAAACACAUGUGACUUCUUGUUAUGUAUGUAUACCUUAGUGUGUGCAGUAUACACUGAACUAUUUGUAGGUUAAUAGACAUAUACUUCAUGUUUGGACGGAUUGAGAUUCAUGUGGUUGAUCUUCAAAAAAGGGCACUUUGGGCUCUUUCAUUUAAAAACGUAUCCUUUUUUAUCUUUAUCUUCAUCAUGAGGUGCAUUUUUACAGCAUCUUCUGCAUUUACAUAAUGCAUUAGACAAUGCAUAGCCCAAAUUCAUACUACUUAUAUAAGUAGUAUAAAAUUUGGAUCAUUGAGAAAUUGAAGUUUCUCUUAGUAUCUCCCCAAAAUUAAUUUUCUCACUUAUCUCUCUGGCAAAUGUUUUGAGAGUGUAAAUGAACUGAAGCCAGUGUCAGUAUUUCUGCUUCCAGUGUUUUGUCUCACUGCCACACUGCUGCCACCUUACUGCGGCUACUGGAACUGCACCUUUGUGUGAGUACUUGAUCUGUAGUUUUAAAAUCCUUUGUGUUCAUGCGGCGCGGCACGUUGUGAAAUUCAUCUCCACACAAGUGUCACCGUGGUCACUGAUGGCGCCGUUUUUGUUGAGGCUUUUAGAGUUUUGAUGGUUGCAAAUAGUUGUUUAUUACACAUGUGCCUCAGUUAAGGAUAGGUUGUGCUCAGCAUACUGUACAUGUGCGGCCAAUUGUGUGUGGGACCGGGCGUGCAUGUGUGUGUGUGUGUGUGUGCCUGAUUAAGAGAGAGAGAGAAAGAGAAAGGAUUUUAGAAAUAAAAAGGGAACAUAAGGAAGAAAAGAAGUUGUUUUUUUCAAAUGCUUUGUCCUUGUCUUCUUUUAUAGAACAUGUAAAAUCACAGAAACUGUGUCAAAGUCACAUUUGUAAAAAUAAUAAAUAUUUGUAUUAACCUUU